AUGGUACAACGUAAAAAUUUGUCGCGGGGGCCUCCUCAAUCGCGGGCGGCGACCAAAUGUGAAAAAUUGGACAUCGAUAACAUUAUCGUCUGUUUUUCCUCGAUGCUUUCGUUGGCAAUUUUCACGCUUUUCGGAACUUGUUUGGCCCAGGAGGCCACCAAGAAGUACUCCCAGUACACCCCGGCCGAGUUGUCGGAGCUGGGUCUCGUUGAGAGACUCAAGCUUUAUCCAUGGACGUUGGAGAUGAUAUCUGUUGGAUUCAUCUCUGUUUACUUCGUCAGUUACUAUGUUGGAUCUAGAUACAACGACAAGCUAGUCAACAAGUUCAUCAACACCAACCUGGAGUUGUUAAAGGAACAAUUCUACCAGGUUGGUGUCACCAGAUCCCAGUUGCUUGCUAAAGACGAUGCAGAGAACUAUUCGUUUUACGCUACAGGUAGACUCAACAUCGAGUCGUUGACUGCCAAAAUCAAGUUGCAGCCAAGACAGAACAUUUUCGUGUGGAUCAUGGAAUCUCUUCUCAGCUUCUUCAUCGACUCGGCGUCUUCUACCAAGGACGUUGUUGAUUUGGUUUUCCAAAUUGAUAAGGAAGCAAGCACCAAGUACGACGACUUCAUCUGGGCCAUUGUUUCCAAGGAUAACAUGAACAGUAUCAGAAACGAGAACUACUUCCUUUCGUUGACCAGAACCGCCGAGUCGGCCAAGCUGCCAUUGGAGUUCGUUUUCAUGAACGAGGUUCCAGAGAUGAACGAGGUUCUGUACCACAAGAAGUUCAACUCCAUUCUCGAGAAAUGCAAAGGUUUCCUGUCUUUCAUUGCCAUCACCGACCAGCCUGCUGAGAAGCCGGAACUUGUCGCUGAUUUGGUCAAGAGCAAGAGAAUCGUUGUCCAGAUGAAGAUUCCUCAAUCUUCUGCAGACCUCGAGGCUUCCAACGAGCUUCUGAAGUUCCUGCUCAAUGAUUUCAUUGAGUACGUCAUCAGCAAGGGCUUUUUCAUUGGUGAACUCAACCGUAGGCCAAAGAAGACCAGAGAGAACGAGCUUGCCAAGUUGAAGAAAGUUGAAGAGACUCUCAAGAAAGAAGAACUUGCAAACAAAAAACUUGAGGAACAGAAGAAGCAGAAAGCUUCGAUGAGCGCUGAGAAGCAACGUAAGCUUGAAAAGAAACAGCUGGAAAGAAAGCAAAGAAGAAAUACUCAGAAAGUCAGACAGUGA